AUGUCCCCGAUCAUAGAGCCCUGUCACUCUCCCCAGCCUACGCCUCGUCUGCUUCGCAUUGUCUCGUUCAGGGGUAAUCAGGCCCGGAGCAUUCUGAACUGGAACAGUUGGUUCUCACAGAGCAGCAAAGAUCUGCUCGAAAAUGUUCAAAUUGGAUCCAACUGGGCCGUCUGCGUCAUUGAAAAGGAACCCCAACCUAUCGAAACAUACUUUGUCCUUGAGAAAGACGGGUUCUCGCCGUAUCACUACAAUGCGGAACAGCUCAGCAGAUCCGUUGAGUCGUUUGUUGACAUUGGAUACACUGAUCUUUCUAACCCCGGGAUCAAAGAACGUGCAUGGAGAUUAAGAGAGCUUUGGGGUACCCCUGACCCAAUGAAAUGGAACAAUCAAAAUUUCGCGGUGCUGCUCAGCCUCAUCAUUACGCGAAAACAUUCGCGGGAAAAUGCUCUUAACAUCGCCCGGGCACUUUUAGCGAGCCUCUCCGCCGCUCGCUCCAAUUCGCGGCUGGCUGACGGUGCUUCAGAUAUAGUUGGAACGAUGCUCUGGGGCGUUGUUGCAGUGGGGAUCAGUCUUCCUCCUGGAGGGAUCAGACCUCUGCCAUUUUGGCAGUUGGCUACCGGAAUUUCGAAUACAAGUGCGGAAAUUGACCUUCGUCGCAGCAUUGAGAACGUGCACAAGGAGUUUAGUGUCCUGCAGAGCAUUUCGUGUGCCUGA